UGUUAUUGAGAUCCUCGAGAAGGUUGUUUCAUCAGCACGGGUUUUUUUGAAGCAAAUUGUAGUAACAUUCGUUAUUGUUAUUAAAUCUAAGGUUAAUAACAAACAAGAGUGGAAGAGAAGAUCGAAUUCUCCGGGUUGAGGAGUGGUCCCUGUGGAGACUGUCUUUCUGUUGUCGCGGUCACUCGCCUGCCCUUUAUAAUUCACAAUGAACAUCGGUCCGCUCCUGAGCCACAGGCUAUUCAUCUUUCCCGCCCUUUGGAUCCUUCUCUACUCUAUUGUUUCUCUACAGUUUCUGGAGUCUGUUGCCACAAAACAGGAUUCCUGUCAGAUUUGUCAUCAUAUCACUGAGAACUUUAGAAAGGGAAUGGAAAAAACUACAAACAAGAAUUUUGGUGGUGGAAACACUGAUUGGGAAAAGAAAAAUUUGGCGAAGUAUGAAAUCAGUGAAACACGUCUACUGGAAAUCAUAGAACUGCUAUGUGAAAGCAUGAACUUUGACUGUAAUCAAAUGGUGGAACAGAACGAAGAUCAUAUUGAAAAUUGGUGGUUCAGAAAGCAGGAGGAGUACCCAGAUCUAUUCCAGUGGCUCUGUCAUGAUACUAUCCAAGUCUGUUGUCCUCCUGGGACCUUUGGACCCGACUGCUCCUCAUGUACAGGUGGAUCCACAAAACCAUGCAGUGGAUAUGGUCAAUGUGAUGGUGAUGGAACUCGAUCUGGAACUGGGUUGUGUAAUUGUGAUCCAGGCUAUGCAGGAUCUAUCUGUAUGGAAUGUGCUGAUGGAUACUUUGAAGAGUCGAGGAAUGAUACCCAAUUGGUAUGUCAAGAAUGCUACAAAUCUUGCAAGAAGUGCACAGGCCCUGAGGACUAUAAAUGUCAAGAGUGUAAAGUUGGCUGGUUCCUGCAUGAUGACAAGUGUAUAGAUAUUGAUGAGUGCGACACUGAAUUGGCAAACUGCAAACCUGGCCAGUACUGUGCGAACACGGACGGCUCCUAUGAGUGCAGAGCUUGUGAUAAGGCCUGCUUCACUUGUAUGGGAGCUGGACCGAGCAGAUGUAAAAAAUGCAACAAAGGUUAUCAGAUGGAUGGUACAAAAUGUCUGGAUAUCGAUGAGUGUAACAGUGAAAAACCAAUCUGUAAUGGUGAACAUGAGGAAUGUAAAAAUACAGAGGGCAGCUACAUGUGUGCUUGUAUUGAUGGGUUUUCUAAACAUGAUGGUCUUUGUACUGAGGACAAGGUGACUCCUGCCCCUGAGGAAGGUCUCUUUGACAAUGUCACUGAGGAUGAGAUGGUGGUCUUACAGCAGAUGUUCUUUGGUGUCAUCAUAUGUGCACUGGCAACACUUGCUGCAAAGGGUGAUAUGGUUUUUACCUCCAUCUUCAUUGGUGCCAUUGCAGCAACGGCAGGCUACUGGCUGUCAGAGAAAUCAGAUCGUCUUGUGGAUGGAUUUCUUAAAGGCAAAUAAGGAAGAAGAUUAGUUUGAGUGCAAGAAUUAUAUGGUUAUCUGUGGUAAUAGCUGACUAUUUUAAACCAAACUGGAUUGUUACCCAGAGGACUGUUCUGCAGAGCCCAGCAGCUGGGAUUGCCACAUGGAAGUAUGGGUAAAAUAUCAAUCUUUAAAUUAUGAAUUCAACAGAGUAAACUGUGCAUGUCUGAAAACACAAGAUUACUUAUAUUCAGAUGGAGCAUCUGGGGGUGUUUCUAUCGAAGCAACUCUUGUGCUCUACUUCUGGUGAAUUCUCAGUUCCGAUAAAAUGUACAAUGAUGUAAUGUUUUCUGAAUAUGCACUGUUCUAAUUUAUUGUAAAAAGCUGCAGCAUGGGCGUUAUCCAAAAGCAUAUUUAAGAUUCAGGGAGAAGUUUUGUCUCAUCUGUCAUCUCUCAACAAAAUUGAGCUUCUGUUUACAAAGUGUCUAAUUUUACUUUUGGAACAUUGUCCCAACUUCAGCCAAUUGAACCAAGAUUUUGUAUGAUAAACCUUUCAAGGCCUUGUUUCUGCUGGAUUUUUAGGCUUGGAAUCUGGUUGGAAAUUGUCAUUGUCACAUUUUGUAGGGUAUUUAAUUUCUGACCACAGUCUUGGCUUUCAUUUAAAUAAGAUACUUCAUGGUGAGAAAUAGAUUUAAGCUAUAGUGAGGUCAGGUUGAGUUUGAUGUUCAGCAUGAACAAGCAAAUGAAUGUGUUUUGCAAUCUGUCGGAUGGGAUGAUUAGGAAGUAACUUCUAUAAUUGAUACACUGUUCAGUAAGUAAUGCUUUUGCUUGACCUAUUGUGGCAUCCUAUUCACAGCAGAGGUGAAGUGAUUUUUAGUUAAAAUUAAGAUGAGAAUAAGAAAAUGCUCACUUAGCCAUAGGGUAACAGUUGAGAUUAGAGAGGAAAUGUCUGUGUGGAAUGUUGCAUUUUAGUUGAGAGGAGGGUUGAAGCCAGCUACAAAAAUGUUAAAGAUGUUUGGGUGUGACACGAUUAAAGCCUGAAUAUGGCUCUUGUUUACUGUGGAUCCAGGCAGUGUUACGUUCCGAACAAACGUUGGAUUGGAUGUAUGGGAGAAAUGUUCUUUAUUAGUCACACUGUGCUCCGCUUGCCAGAGGAAAUAGAUGCAGUCCAGAUCAGAGUAUUUGAUUGGAGUGAAGCAAGGUGCCUUCAGUUUGGCCUGCAAUGAGGUGGUAGAAACCAUGUCUUGGUCUGGUUGCCAUCUUUGAUAUGCUCUUGGAUAAUAGAACCACAAUCUUCUGGCUUCACAAAGAGACUGAAGUAAGAAAGCUGAUUCUUUUACUUUUUGGACAAUUUGACUAAAAGAUAGUGAAGGAGUUGGAGGGAAUCAGCAUCACGAAUGUACGCUUUGAACUAAUUUUGCAGUUAGAGGUAGCAAAUAUAAAGCAUCCACAUUUGGCUAUGUGUUGGGUAGAAUCAGGUAAUAUUGGAGGUGCAAUUUCUUCAUUCUUUAUUUGCCUUCAUGGAGAAUAGAAUUUGUUUAUCAUUUUACUUUGGAAGGAAGUCAGCAUAUUUAAAAUCAAGUGGAUUUAACAUUGAACAUGAUGUCCUUGAUGGCUUUUUGAGAUGGAAAUGUGAAUAUUCUUAAAGGAUUUUUGGCUGUAUCUGAAAAGUGAAGCAGCCUGAUAUCUGCCCUUGUUCAAGCCUCCAAAUCAUUAUUGCAGCCUCUCAAACACCAUGAUGGAAUUGCCACCAUGAAGGGAACCUUUCCGCAACCCAUUGGCAAAGAUUGGUGUUGAUUUUAUGAAAGCUCUAAAUAAUCCAUAGUUUUUUGUUACUGAAGCAUAUUUGUGAGAAGUGUCUUCAUAUUUUUUCUCCUAUGUAGAGAAGAAACCAGGUGAUGACUAACUUCGAUAUGGUUCAUGAAUCCCUAUGGGUAUAAAGUUUCUGGAGAAUAGUUCUUGCUGGGCCAUUCCAUGGUUGGCUGAUGGGGUGUAUCACAGCUAAACUCUAAACCACAAGUGAUUGUACACUUCCCAACAGAGAGUUUUAGUUAUGAAGAGUGAGAACCUGGCUCGUCUUUAUUUUUGCUUUUAACCACCGCCCCCCUCUCCCUCCCCGCCCCAACGCAGUAUUGUCAAGACCAGUCAGAUUAGUAAUCAAACACUUAAAUUGAGUCUUAGACGCUGAUUUGUGCAAUUUGCUACAAUGCCUAGUAAAUGCAGGUAUGUGUUCAUCAUUAUACAAGAUUUAUCAUUGGGAGGGGCACAGAUCCCUUCGCUUCAUAUCAAUGAAAUUUAUAUUGGUCCUAUUGAAAGACAGCAGUCCACAGAGUUAUGUAGACGGUUAAAUUAGUGCUAUCUUGGCAACAAACCUGUUUCACUUCCAAUCAGCCAGUUGUUAAUCUUUGUCGUUGUCCCCCAUUUACGCUGCUUCAUGCAUUUUUAAAAAUAUUUAAUUAUGGAAAAUAAGUUCAUAUAGUUAGAAAUAGAAAGUGAUGGUUCCAUUUGCCAGUUAAAUCCGCAUCAGUGAGGAGAAAAGCAGGGUGGUGAUGCUUUGGAUACAUUCUCAUGAAUGUAUAGAAUGUAUGAUGUUUCAGGGGUAUUCACUGCUGAAAAGUACAUCCUUGACCUGUCUUAUCUCUUACAGAUGCUGACAGUUUUGCUAUAUAAUUCCAGCAUUUUUGGCACUUUCUGAUUUGAGGGUUGUGUGUAUUUAAAAAUUCUUUAAUUAAAAGUCCUCACUCUGAAAUAAGCCCCAUACAACAUCAAUAGAAUUUACAAGUGUCAGUAACCUAUAAGAUAUUUAAAUAUUUUAUCAUUUCUCUGCAUAAUAUUCAUUAUCCUUUAAUUUAUUGUACAUUUAUUGUACCUAACUAUGGGAAAUUAUUUUCCGUGUCAAAUGAAAUGUGAAUUGACUGAAAAUAAUGGACGUACCUGGAUAGACUUGAAGGGUUUCGUUGUGACUUAUUUUACAUCCACUUGGCUGAGUUAUUCAAAGAAUUUUUUUCUGUAUGUUCUCACAAUUUGGUUUUGUGAAAUCAUUUUAAAUCAUUUUCUUUUAAAAGUUAAUCUCAAAGGCCAUGACUAGACACUUUUAUCCCCAUGCCAAAGGUGUGUCCCAUUUAUAUUUGCACCCAAAUUUCUGUUGCUUGUGAAGUGCAACAGCCACCUGCUGGUGGAAAAUGGAAUUGUCUGCACUGAAAUUCCCAUUGUUCACUACUGGGAUAAAAUAGGAGAAGGCAUUGCCUCCAUCUUCUAAAAGGUGGACUAGACCAGAAUGCCCCACUACUACUUCAAGUCUGCACUUCAAGUUCAAGUUCCAGGUGUGUGACUUACAUCUGUCUUAAUCAUUGGAUCCUUGCUGAGCGUUGCUUUACUAUUGUGGCCUUUAUUUCAGAUACACAGUGCAACAAGAGGUUUCUUCAUGUUGGCUACUGUAUAGUGUAGCAAUGUGUAAUUUUGGAUACUGACCCUGUGGAAGUAAGCUAGUUGAGCAUUACUAUCAUAUGCUGAUAGGUUUUUUUUGCCUCGAUACACAUGAAGGAACUGCAGUGUAUGUGAUUAUGCUGGACAUUUCUCACACCACCCUUUAUUAGCUGAGUGGAUGGGUGUCUGACACUGAUAUUUCUCUGUAUUGUACCUGUGUGUAUAUAUGUAGGAUCUUUAAGGUGUAUCGGUGGCGUGCACUAAAGAUUGUCUUUGUUACCUGUAUGACUAGGUGUGCUGGACCUGAGUGAAUUUAUUCAUUCUUUUAUUUAUUUAUUCAAAUUGAAUUUACUCAUUCUUUAUUGCUUCUGUAAUUUUUGUGAUUUAUAUGUUCGUAUGUUUCACCAGGAAUCUGUUAACUCUCUGACCUUCAACCCUUCUUUGGAAGUGACCUAGCUAACUUUAAAACAAACAAAAAGGGCUAGGAUAAAUAUUGGAGCAAAAUGGAGCUUGUGACUAUAUUACUUGUCAUUCUGAAUGUGCCCGGUUGCUAACAGGAAGAUUCCAAUUAAAAGAUAUGUUAUAAAACGUAGUGAGGUGGGGGUAGAUCCUCCAAAACACUGGCACUGAAAUGCUGGUAAAAAUAAACAU